AUGAAGCUUCUCACAGGUCUGAUUUUCUGCUCCUUGAUCCUGGGAUCCCAAGGCUUGCUUUCCUUCGUGGGUGAGGCUGCUCGAGGGGCUUGGGACAUGUGGAGAGCCUACUCUGACAUGCGAGAAGCCAAUUACAUCAAUGCAGACAAAUACUUCCACGCUCGAGGGAACUAUGACGCUGCCCAAAGGGGACCUGGGGGUGCCUGGGCUGCAGAAGUGAUCAGCAAUGCCAGAGAGGGUUUCCAGAGCCUCACAGGCCACGGAGCAGAAGACACAGCUGCCGACCAGGCUGCCAACGUAUGGGGCCGGAGUGGCAAAGACCCCAACCACUUCAGACCUGCUGGCCUGCCUGACAAGUACUGAGCUUUCUCUUCACUCUGCUCUCAGGACACCAGGCUGUGAACCCCUGAGGGCAGAGACACA